GAUGACGACAUCGGCCGCCGGUAGCCGCGACGGUGGCGGCGCCAGGGAAGCGGGGAGGGCUUCCGGGCCGCCGGCCUGACUGCUCGGAGCUGCUGUCAUGGCGGGCGCUCCGUGGGCCUUCUUUUCCACACUGCUGCUGCUACUCUCAGGGAAUGCUCAAAGCUCCGAGGUGCCCGGCGCUGCCGCCGAGGGUCCGGGAGGGAGCGGAGUCGGCCCGGGAGAUCGUUUCAAGAUCGAGGGGCGUGCGGUGGUUCCGGGGGUGAAGCCUCAGGACUGGAUCUCCGCUGCCCGAGUGCUGGUAGACGGAGAAGAGCACGUCGGCUUCCUUAAGACAGAUGGGAGUUUUGUGGUUCAUGAUAUUCCCUCUGGAUCUUAUGUAGUGGAAGUUAUUUCUCCAGCUUACAAAUUUGAUCCUGUCAGAGUUGAUAUCACUUCAAAAGGAAAAAUGAGAGCAAGAUAUGUGAAUUAUAUCAAAACAUCAGAAGUGGUCAGACUACCCUAUCCUCUCCAGAUGAAAUCUUCAGGUCCACCUUCUUACUUUAUUAAGAGGGAAUCAUGGGGCUGGACAGACUUUCUGAUGAACCCAAUGGUUAUGAUGAUGGUUCUUCCAUUGUUGAUAUUUGUGCUUCUGCCUAAAGUGGUCAACACAAGUGAUCCUGACAUGAGACGGGAGAUGGAGCAGUCAAUGAAUAUGCUGAAUUCCAACCAUGAAUUGCCUGAUGUUUCUGAGUUCAUGACAAGACUCUUCUCUACAAAAUCCUCUGGCAAAUCUAGCAGCGGCAGCAGUAAAACAGGCAAAAGUGGGGCUGGCAAAAGGAGGUAGUGAGGUGGUGCCCAGCUGUCAUUUGCACAAACAUGGCAACACUGGGUGGCAUCCAAGUCGUGAUGGGGAAACCAUGUGAAGCAACUACUGUAGACUUGAGUCAUCCUGAAAGUUGAUCUCUUACAAUUGUUGUCUAUGUUAACUUUUUAACAUGUUUUGUACUUGGUACACAAGAAAACCCACCUUUCAUCCUGUGUCUGUUUGAGGUCAAUAUUGAUGUCACUGAAUUAAUUACAGUGUCCUAUAGAAAAUAACAUUAAUAAAUUAUAUGAAGUACUAUACAUUAUGUAUAUUAAAAGAAGUCUUAAUCUAGAGAUAAAAUUAUCUUCUGUCAUUUUUUGUUUCUUUUUUCCUUACUGUUUUCUUCUAUUGUUCAUUAUCUAAGCUUUCUUAGUUAAAAGAAGUGAAAGAAAUGGUUGAUACUUUUAGAGCAGCAUGUGUGAUGUUUUUGUGUGUCUGUGGCCAUACCUUUCAAAAUUCCCAGUCCUUUCACUGGAGAGCUGGCACAGCCAUUUAAAGCUCGGGCUCACAACCAAAAAGACAAAUUUCCCAGUCCAAAGACAAGUGGUGGCACACACCUGUAAUAAUCCUACCACUGAAGAUGCUGAUGGAGGAUUGCCAUGAGUCUGAGCCAGCCUAGACUACAGAGUGAAACUGUUUUUAAAAAAGUAAUCUGAGCCCUGACCUCACAUUGAACAUUCCCUGAUAUGUGAAGUGGAACCUCAUGUUCCUGGUGUAGUUAUGAUUUUAUUGUUGUACUUUCAGAGUAUGAACAUGUGAGUUGGUAUAGAGCCUAUAUUUAAAGUUAUGGUUACCAUCCUUGAUAUUCAUUUUAUAAUUAUUAUGUAUCAACUAUAUGCUCUGAUCUAUAACAGAAUACAGAGGCAAAUUGUAUCCAAGGACCCAUCUCAGUAAAGCUAUGUAGUAUGUAGGGAAGGACCCAAAGACUGGCUUGGGGAGGAGGUAUGGCAGAAGCAAAGCCUUACAGUCCAGGCUAGGAAAUCAGCCUUACUGGGAUGUUAGUGGCAUAGCCCAAGAAGCCUUUAAAUCCUCACUCCUUUACAAUCUUAGAGGUCUUAGAGGACUGCAUCAUAAAUUACUACUUUUCAGUCAGGACUAGCUCAAAAAAUUGUUUUACUUCAAUAAGUUACCAAGUUUUUACGCCUUUUCCCUAUGAGUUAUUUAAAAAAGAAAUUCAAGCCCAGUAUUGGUUCCAUUUUCUCCUGCGUUAAAGAACUCCUUAAUGCUUUCUUAACAUGAAAUCCGAAAACAACACAUACAAAGGGGUUGGUUCCAAACUACUUUCUAUUUUGUUUGUUUUUGUUUAGUUUUUUGAGACAAGAUCCUAUUCUGUACCCCAGGCCCCAGGCUUGUGUGUCGUUAUAUACUCAGUCUGGCCUCAGAUAUAUGGUAAUCUUCCUC